AUGGAAUGGCUUAACCUGAUAUUUGAUCCAUCUAACGAUAAUUUUAUUGCAGUCAAACUCGCAAGUAAUUUGGAUGAUAUAAAUGAUACUUACAUUAAAAUUGUGAAAUAUUUGGAAUCUAAAAGCUAUUCCGUAUUUGAUCCUCGUUUUUUUUCAAAUUGUACAAGAGAAGAUUGCCAUUUGAAGUUUGAAAGACAUCUGGUUAAUGUUAUUAAUAAAUCAGUUCAUAAGAAUGUAAAGCAACAUUUUAUUGUAUUGAAAGGAUUCGAUUAUUGGUGUAAAAUUAAUACUAUCAAUGAAUUUAAGGAGAUUGUGGCACUUGACCAUUGGAAUGAUGAAACAAAUUCAAUUAUUUUAAAAUUUUCACAUAAAAAACGAAGUAUCAAUUGGGUGUACAAUAUAUUGUUUUGGUUAAAAUAUGCCAUAAUACCCCGGCUUAAAAAGGUUUAUGAAUUCGAUUUAUUCGUUAUAGGAAUCUAUCAGAAUUAUUUUAAAAGUGUUUUGUUCUACAAAGAUGUUUUUAAUUCAAAUGAAAUUAAUGUUCCAUCACAUCCAUCCAAUGCUAGAAAGAUCUGUGAUUUUUCGUCAAAACUAUUUGUAGACUCAUAUUAUCCAUUUAAAGUAUUAAUUAAUAAAAUUAAAUUAAAUAAAACUACUCUAAUAAUUGGUCCUCCAGGGUCUGGGAAAACAACUUUAAUAAAAUCACUCGAAUGCUCAUGGUUAAAUUAUAUUACUGAUGGUUCAGAAAAUGGAUUGGUGUUUACAAUGGAUAUUUGUAAAAUGGUUACUCCUUAUGUAGGAGAAGGUGAAUUGUAUAUUCGUCAAUUAUUUAAUCAAACAAAAUAUUCAAAUGCCAACGCAUUGAUAACCAUUGAUGGAGUAGAACUCUUCGUAGCAACAAAUUACCUAGAAAAUAUUUAUCCAGAUAUGAGUGAAGAAAGGACAAAUGUAUAUAGAUGCAUAUCGUAUUCACUUAUUGAACAAAUCAGAAAUAUGUCAAAUAACACAAAAUUUGUAGCAGUAGCCAAUACGUGUAAAGAAAGUAUAGAUCCGACCUUUUUGUCUCUAAUUGAUACUGUAAUAACAUUAGACAAUGGCAUUAUUCAUAAAAAUUAA